AUGAUUUUGAUAAGUGUUAUCGUCUAUUUAAUUGUUCGAUAUGUUCUCAAUGAGCGACAAUUAUAUAAACUUAAAUAUACUUUAUAUGCUAGUCUAGUCAUGUUCUAUGCAAUUAUAUUACAACCUAUAUAUUUACUUCGACCACGCAAUCCAUAUAAUAUACGUCUAGCAGCAAUUGGACUUAAUCCAUUACUUCGUCUCUUUGGUAUAAAGUAUCGUGUUGAAAAUGGUCAUGUAUUAGAAAAUAAUAAACCCUGUGUUAUUGUUGCUAAUCAUCAAUCAUCAUUAGAUUUCAUUGGCAUGAUGCAUAUUUGGCCAAAAUAUGUUCGUUAUUGUACUAUUUUAGCAAAAAGAGAAUUAAUGUUUGCUGGACCAUUUGGUUCAUCAUCAUGGUUAGCCGGUGUUGAAUUUAUUGAUAGAAAAAAUCGUGAACGAUCAACAGAAACAAUGCGUCAAAUAAUGGAAAAAAUCAAAAAUAAAUCACUUCGAUUAUGGAUUUUUCCUGAAGGAACAAGAAAUAUGUCUGAAACAUUUCUUCCAUUUAAACUUGGUGCCUUUCGUCUCGCUAUCGAAGCACAAAUACCAAUUGUACCCAUUGUUUUUUCAUCUUAUAAACCAAUAUACAACGUCGACAAAUCAAAUAAGAGUUAUUAUUGGAAUUCUGGUUGUGUAACUAUCAAAUGUCUUGAACCAAUCGAUACGACAGGUAUGACACUUGACAAUGAUCUUCAACGAUUGACUGAAAUGACUCGAAAACGUAUGGUAGAUGCAUAUCUAACAAUUCAAACAACUAUGAACAAUGACAAAAAAGACAAAUGA